UCCUCUGUUUUCCUUUUAAUAGACACUCUGCGGAACGUUGGGCACCGCACGCGGUCCUCUCGAGCUCUCCCUGUCCCUCUGACAUGCGCGAGGCCGCGGGCAACACAUGGCGGGAUGCUUGGGAGAGGCGCGAGGGACUGUGCUGCUGCGCCCCCCCCCCCCCCCCUUCGCCUCGGAGGGGAGAGAAAGGAGAGCCCGAGACGAGGAGGCGGCCGAGAGGGCGGAGGCGCUGAAUAACCUGGAGAGGCCCUUCAAGAGCAGUAGAGCGGCUCUACGCGACGGUCCACGUCUUGAUGCACGCGUCGAGGCCGGCCGAGGCGAGGACGGCGCCGUCGCCGACAAACGCGAGCGCCGACACACCGCCCGCGUGCGUGGUGGAGCCGUGCAGCUUGUGCUUCGGCGGAGGCUUGAACGGGCCGGCGGGGAGGUCUCCCCACACGAUGAUCGAGCCGUCGACGCCGCCCGAGGCGAGGACGCCGGCGGCCGAGAAGGUCAGGCAGGUGAUGCGGGUGGGGUGGAAGCCCUGCAGCCCCCAGCUGAGUGGCGUGCCGGCGCCCACGUCCCAGAUGACGAUCUCCUUGUUGGCGCACCCCGAGGCCAGCCGCUUGCUGCCUGGCGCGUAGGCGAGGCAGGAGAUGGCGGCGAUGUGCUUGUCCAGCACCUUCUCCUCGCCGCCGGCCGCGGUGAGCAGGCGGACCUUGUUGUCCGCGCCGCCCACCGCCACCGCGCCGCCGUCGGGCGCGACGGCGACGCAAGCCGGCUCGAAGCUGAGGGGGAUGGAGGAGGGGGCCGUGCCGAGCUUGUCGCGCGUCACGAGGAGCAGCGUGCUCGCG